UAGGUUAUUUGACGUUUACAAACAAAAUGUCAUCAAUCCUGUAAUGAAGAUAAUUUUUUCAAAACUAUAUUUUUAAUUGGGGCGAAAAUGAAUACAAUGCAACACCAGUAUUGGGUGACAAAGAAGUCCGUCCUAAGGAAAUUGGGCGGUAAAGAAGACGAAUGUAUCGUGUCGUCCGAUGCGGAGUUGGACGCAAAAUUGGAACUUUUUCGUUCUAUAUCUGAUACUUGCGUUCAAUUGCAGCGUGUUAUCGACUUGUACCAGGAACGUUUGUGUUAUUUAGCCCAAGAGGAAAACGCGUUGGGACGAUACUUAAAGGAAUGUGGUAAAAAUGAGAAAAAUUCUAAUGCUGGACAUAUUUUAUCAACAGCUGGAAAAUCUCUUGCAUAUAUUGGUCAUCAACGUUUAACAAUUAGACCGCCUUUAGUUAGAUUACAUCAUGAAGUGGAAACUUUUAGGGGUAGAGCUGUAUCUGAUACAAGAGGAACUGUUGUUGAAAUGGAAAAGUAUCGAACGGAGUAUCGUGCAGCUUUAAGUUGGAUGAAAUCCGCUUCAUCUCAAUUAGACCCUGAUACAGGACAUGGAUUAGAACAAUUUCGAAAGGCUCAGUCUUAUGUAAGAUCAACAAAAACAAGAUUUGAUAGGUAUAUGUUAGCUUGUCUUCAAAAAGUUGAUUUAUUAGCUGCUGCACGAUGUAAUAUGUUUUCACAUGCACUAGUUUCUUAUCAAAACGCAAUUUCUAUAUUUUCCACGAAAGCUUCUGAAGCUUUAUCAACAGCAGCUGAUAAAGUAACGGAUAUAAAACCAUACGAAUUUUAUACAGUCCCAGAAUUGUCUUCAAACCAAAUUGAUAAAGAUAAACAUACUUUUUUUAAUGCUGAAUAUACAGACACCAAAGACUCUAAACCUGAAAAAGAGGAAACUGAAUCUCCUAAAGAAGAUAGUUCGGAAACUACAAAUCUUUUAGGAGAAGAUUUUUCAACUCCUACAAAUAACGAAACCCCUAAGACGCCAUUAAACGGUACUUUAUUGGAUCUUUCUUGGCCGUCAACAUCCGAUUUUCUUGGCGGCGAUUUUAUGCCGUCGAAAUUACUUCAAGAAGGGAUGAAUUUUAAUUUGGACGAAUUAGAUAAAAUGACUGAAUCGAAAAAACCGACUACCGACCAAAAAGCUCAGAUGUCUUGGCUCAGUUUAUUUGCUGAAUUAGAUCCUUUGGCUAAUCAAGAAAGUAACACGCCCGGCUCAGGGGAUCGCGCUUGAUUGUUUUUAAAAAUAAACGUGAUUUUAAUUUGUACCUAUCAGUGAUUAAGUAUUAAUUCUUGAAUUUUUAAGUCUUAAAAUUAUCUUUUAAUUUUCGCUAGUCACAUAUAUCAAAGAAAAAAUUUGGAUGUAUAUGAUAAAUUUUGCACUAAGCUCAUAAUCUAAAAGUGUUGUAUCUCGCCAAAGAAAUAAAAUCUAUUUUAAUCUUAUAGUAAUUUCAGUAUUUUUGUUGUGAAUUUAAUUUGUGUGUUUUACAUUAAAUUUUUUAUGUAUU